AUGACUGAAUCAGACGUAAAUAAUACAGGUAAGGAUAUUUGGUCACUAAUUUCUUUAGAUGACUUGGUCACUGCCAUUAGCUCUCUUGGUGAGCGUACUAAACAACUCAAAGAUGAUUCAUGGCGCUUUACUCAUAAAAGUAAAUCUUCUAGCUCAUAUUGGAGUGAAGUUAUUAAUAAAUUGAAACUUGAUGAUGAUGAAAAAAUUCGUCAUUCAUUGUACAAUAUAUGGCAUUCAGAUCGACAUGAAAUUUGUAAACUUGUUGAAGCAAAGAAGAAGGAGAUAGAGAUCGAGGAGAUGAAAGAAAGAGAUAGCAAUGAUGGGAACGAAGCAGAAAAUGGUUCCAUCGGUAAGAAAAUUAUUGCAACAUUGCCAUCCCAAUCAUCAUUACCUCUUCAUGAACCACCCAGCACACGUGCUUAUCAAAAAGCUGUUGCAAGUGGCAAUAUUUAUGAACGUCAUUGUAUUAGAACAGAAUUUAUUUCUCUUACUCGUAAUGAAUGGAAAAGUGCAUAUAGCCGUACUGAUAAGAAAACGAACACAGGCUGGACCAGUAUUUUUGAUAAGAAAUUGAAGUCUAUCGGUAAUACAUGCUCAUUAUGUUUUCAUUCUCCUAAUAUCCCGCGCGGCAUAAGAAAACGUAACUGUUCUGACUUUUGGUUCAGUGCAACCUGUACAGGUGAUAUAUGUAAGAGAAAAUAUAUAGUAAGUCAUAGAAGAGAGAUUGAUAAUGACUUUAUGGCGUUAUUUCGUGUCGACGUCUAUGGCGAAGAAAAUCACAGUAAAGACAAUGUAAUGCGACCACGCAAGAUGAAUGCCGAAGAACGCGAUGCCAUUGGGAAACGGGCAAAUCAGAUAGGUCCCGUAGCAACAUUUCGCGAGAUCGUGGAGGCGGCUGAUGAAAAAAUGCUCGCAGCAGGUAAUUUCUCACAAUGUAAGACCAUUGAAGCAGUGAAGAAAUGUGGAGCGGAUUAUCGAAAGAAAAUGCGUUUUGAUGAAGAUGUGUUCAGAGCAUGUCGAAUUCUAAGUUGCUUUUAUCGCGCAGAAGAUGUUACAUCUGAACAAAUUUUAGAUUCGACUGGUGGAGUAUUAAAGCCAAUGAAAGACCAAAAUGAUAUAUACGUUUAUACAAUAAUGUUCAAAGAUGGCAUUGAUGCAUUGGAUAAUGUUCCACUAGCACACGCUAUUUUAACAGAUCACACAGUUCCGAGUAUUGGUUAUUUUCUUGGCAAUGUAAUUCAUAGUGUCAAUCAAGUGACAACAAAGAAAAAAUUACGUCCACCUUCAUUUAUCAUUAUUGAUUUUUCUGCUGCUCUUAUGAAUGCUGCUCUUCAACAGUUCAAUAUUGAAAGUGUUAACAAACAUCUCAAACGAUGCUGGAAUGUUAUACAUGGCAAAUAUACUGCUGAAGAAAUUCGAUCAUUAUCUUUUAUUCAUUUGUGCUGUUGCCAUGUCAUGCAUGCUGUUGCAAGAAGUUUGAAUGCUGAAAAAAUUGACAAGAAAACGCGUGAAACUGUAUUAUAUAUAUUCGCUUAUAUGUUGUGUAGCAAUGAUAUCAAUCAAUUAUAUGACACAUUGGGAUUGGUGAUUGAUAUAUUCGGUGAUCCAAACGAACAGAACGCAAAAAGAAAAGUUGAUCAAAUAUGUUCUCUUAAAUUGAACGUCGAUGAAGAAAGUGAGUCAGUUUUAAAAGAUUUCGAUAAUAUUUUUAGAAUAGCUGAAAAAAAGGAAGAAGAAUUAAAGCUUGUCGACGAAUAUUUUGAUUCAGAUGAAGCUAUCAUUCAUCAGUCACCAUUUAAUAAACAAGCUGUUACACGUUAUCCACUGCUAGCUGAGAUAUUAAUUAAAAAAAAGAUAAAAAGUAGCAAUAAGAAUACACUCUUUUCUGCAUCGAUAAUUCGUAUAUUCUAUCGGUGGUGGGCAUACUUACCACUAUGGACAGGUUUGUUAUUCAAUUUCGAAGAACGAUAUGCCAAUGACAUGCAGCAAAAUACAUCGAUAACAUAUUACCCUAUCCGAUACUCAAAUGCAGUGAUUGAAAGUUAUUUCCGCACUUUAAAAAAAAGUAUCUGUCAAGGAAAAAGAAGUAAACCACCUCAAGAGGUUAUCAUGGCGUUACAUAGAAGUGUAAAAGUUCAAUCAAAGGCUGAUCAGUUUGGAUUAACACAAGGUUCAAAGGGAAGAAAAAGAGGAAGACACAAUGUAGGCAUAUUUGAAAAUUGGAAGAAUAGAACGCAAGGAAAAAGUCGUCGAGGUAAAUACACAAAGCUAAUUGACAAAUUCGCAUCGAAACGUGCACGACAAGAAGAGGAUCAAUCUCAACAAGACGGCGUUGAAUCUAAAAAUACUAAAACUACUUCUUCGUCAAACAAAUCGGAAUCAUCUUCUAAAACUUCAAGCGAGAACGUAUCCAUCACAGAAUCAUUUAGUUCCAGCACAAGAAAUUCAUCAUCAUCAUCUGAAGCGGCUAGCAAGGUAAGUUAUGAAUAUCCUAAUGAUAUUCCAAUCGUUUUAGAUCUGUCGACAAAUAAUAAUCAUCAAAAAAGUGGAAGUUCAAGUGAAAAAAAUUUGAACAUGAGCUCAUCUUCAAUAAAAAUAAAUACUUCGAUUGCUGUUAACGAAGCAGUUAAAGUGACAACUAAUCAACUAUCAGAAGACCCCAGCAUUAAAAUUCAAUCUCAUCCAACAACAACAAUCAACGGCUUUACAUUGAAAUGGCCCAAAUUUGAAGUUAAAAAUACGCUAUUUAAAGCACCAUUACCAUCACUGCCACCACCACCACCACCACCACCACCACCACCAACAUCACCAAUGAAUUCGAACAAAUAA